CACCGUUGUCAAUAAACUGGUGCUCGAAGCUCAUGGGAAACAGCAACAGGAGCGAGUCGGAGGAGGAACAUGACCGGGGAGACAAGAUUCAGCGACAUGAUGAGAGCUGAGGGCAGCGCAGCGAGCAGCGGCAGACAGGAGGGCUCUGGCGGACUGUUGGACUCCAUGAAGAAAGCUGCGUUUGUCAUCGGAUCUGGAAUCUUAUUCCUGGCUGCGUUCGGCAACUCGCUGACAUGGCACCUCCAGAGGUUCUGGGGAGCUUCAGGCGACUUCUGGCAGAACCUGUGGACAAAGCUGUACGUGGCGUUCGAGGGUCACGAGGCCGCUUUGUUCUUCUCAGGGACGAUGUUGGCCCCUCCUCUGGUGUUCUGGGCUUUAAAUGGGCUGCUGCUAUUGGUGGACACCACCGGUAAACCCUCCUUCAUCACUCGCUACCGCAUCCAGGUGGAGAAGAACAAUCCGGUGGACCCAGUGAAGCUCCGUCACGCCGUGAAGGUCGUCCUCUUCAACCAGGUGUUCAUCUCGGGGCCCAUGGUGGUGGCCGUCUACUACCUGCUGAGCUGGAGGAACCCGUGCGGCCCCGAGCUGCCCACCUUCCACUGGGCCCUCAUGGAGCUCGCCUUCUUCUCCAUCGUGGAGGAAGUUCUCUUUUACUAUUCACACAGGUUGUUCCACCAUCCCAGCCUCUACAAGCGCUUCCACAAACAGCACCACGAGUGGACGGCUCCCAUCGGCGUCGUCUCCAUCUACGCUCAUCCUCUGGAGCACAUGCUCUCCAACAUGCUGCCGGUGGUGAUGGGGCCCGUGAUCCUGGGCUCUCACAUGACCUCCACCACCGCUUGGUACUGCCUGGCUCUGUUCAGCACCAGCAUCUCCCACUGUGGAUACCACCUCCCCUUCCUGCCCUCCCCCGAGUUCCACGACUUCCACCACCUCAGGUUCAACCAGUGUUUCGGUGUGUUCGGCGUCCUGGACCGUCUCCACGGCACCGACUCCAAAUUCAGGCAGACGAAGCAGUACGAGCGCCACACGCUGCUCACCAGCUUCACGCCCCUGAACGAGAGCAUCCCUGACACAACCAAGAAGGGCCAGUGACGACCUGCGAUCCGCCCCGCCCCCAUGCCCCGCCCCCUGCCCCGCCCCCGCCCCUGACCUUUAACCUCAGGCCAAAUUUGGGAUUGUGAUAAAAAAAAAGGGGGACAAAGUUCCAAUCAAUCUAAGGUGAUUGUUUGAUUAUUUUAAUCAAAGAAAAGUCGCUGCAUUCACCAACUUCACUCGGCAGAAACACGGUCGCUGACAUUCAGUUCGAGAAGCUUCGGCUCCGACUUUUAACCUGUUUCCUGCCGCGAUAACAUCCUCCUGUGACCUGAGGGGACGGUAUUUAUAGCUCCUGAUUUGGUUGAGUGAUAGUGAAGUAGUCACUGGUCCAGGGUUUUUUUUUGUUCUACCAAACAGCACACGGUGGUGGAAAUGUAUGUACGAGUCCCAAACGUGCCAGGAAAAAUUAUGUAAUGUAGUAAAAUAGUAAAAAAUAAGAGGAAUUUGAGUAUUUAUGAUGGCUUCCGUUGUCCGUGCAUUCUUUAGUGUUUGUAUUUCCUUCAUUAACUAAUUAAACUACAUUUUUCUCAGAAUUUCAGAAUAAACAGGCUGAAAGUUCAAUUCUCACUUACGAUUUAUAACGAGACCCCUCAGUAUCCUUUUUAUUUUUUACUUUCUUUGAAACUCUUACUCAGUUUGAUCGUGGAGUGAAGCUGUGAUGUGCGAGAGAACAGAACGUCAUGCAAAUGAUUUUUAAAGUGAACGGGUUUGUGGUGGAGCUACAACACGUCCUCUUGUUCAUGUGCAUCAUGGAAAUGUUGACCGUCUCCCCGAGUACACGAGAUCGUUAAAAAAAGUGUCACCACUGAACACGUUCCUCUCUCCGUUAAUUUGGUUUUUACGUCCAACAUGAUUUGUCUAAAUUUUUUUUUUUAGACUUUUUAGGUUCACUUACCACUACAGGCACACACACGUCUUAGAUGAUACACUUGCACUUUAAGAGUAGCACUUAAAACAUGCACUUGUGUUAAUGUGUCUUUUUUAUAUGACAACAAUUGUACUUGAUAAUUUUAUGAUAAUUAAAAUAUUUUAAAAAGAAA